AUGGUCCAUGUUGUGUUGUCUGAUCUUGGCAAAGGGCCAAAGGGCCACCUGCAGCCUCAUCUGAAGGACUGGCAGACAGUGCCCAAUGCGCUUACAGCCCUGCGUCUGGUCGCUGUGCCAGGGAUCCUCGGCACCUGGUAUUUGGAGCUCCACGGUGUGACCGCUGUGCUCUUCGGUGCCGCUGCCAUAACGGACUGGUUUGAUGGCUUCCUUGCCCGACGGUGGAAGCAGCAAACUUCCUUGGGAGCUCUUCUCGAUCCUCUGGCGGACAAGCUUCUGGUCUCCUCCACCUUGGUUUUGCUAGUGGAGCAUGCUGCGAGUCCCAUCGUAUCAGUGCCCGCAGCAGCAAUCUUGGCACGAGAGCUCGGGGUUUCAACACUCCGAGAGUGGACUCAAACCCAUCGCCCAGAGGCAAGGGCCUGGCAUUGA